AUUGGCUGGAAAAGCCUCUUAAAAGUGGAGAAGCGUUUUCUGCCCUCUCAGCGCCUACCAGUCUCUGAAACCAUAAGCGGCUGCUGACCCACAUCCACGCUGGGAGCGCCGUGGGGCACUACCUGCACCCACAGGAGGCAAGGGGGUCCCCCAUACAGGGCGUCCCCUCAGAUUGGCCACAGGUGGCUUCGCUGGGCAGCAUUGGAGCUGGUGGAAAGCAGGCUGAGAGGGAGAUUAGCUCUCUAGUCAGGGCGUAGCUGCCCCAAAGGAAGGAGCAGGGCACAAGAGACUGCUCGACGGGUGCUGGAUUCCUGCAGGCAUUGCCCUGUGUUUGGCUGACAGCGUGCACACCAUGGAGCAAAGAGCCAGUGGGACCUUCUAACUGGGUGCCCUCGUCAAGAGCCGGGAAUUGCCAGCCGGAGGGAGAAGGGAACGCUGCGGACAGGUCUGCUUGGCCCUCAGAGGCUCAGCCCCUGCUCAGGAGGUCGUUGCUUCAUUGCACAGUGCCUGGAAAUUUCUCUUUUUUUUUUCUCUCUCUCUGCUGUCCUACCUCCUACUGGCCUGCCUUUCUCUUGCCAGGCUAGACGAUGGGGAGAGCUGACUCAGAAGAAGGGCAACUCCCAGCUCCUGUGAAGCCCCCAGAUGGUGGCUGGGGAUGGAUCGUGCUCCUUGGAUGCUUUGUGAUCACUGGCUUCUCCUAUGCCUUCCCAAAAGCCGUCAGUGUCUACUUCAAGGAGCUUAUGAAAGAUUUCCAUGUGGGCUACAGUGACACAGCCUGGAUCUCCUCCAUCAUGCUGGCCAUGCUCUACGGGACAGGACCAGUAUGCAGCAUCAUGGUGAAUCAGUUUGGCUGCCGGCCUGUGAUGCUCAUCGGUGGGCUGCUAGCUUCUGCUGGGAUGAUCCUGGCAUCUUUUACGACCAAUAUCAUUGAGCUUUAUCUGACAGCUGGCGUGCUGACAGGUCUGGGUAUGGCGUUGAACUUCCAGCCCUCACUGAUCAUGCUGGGCACCUACUUUGACAAACGUCGACCUCUUGCCAAUGGACUAGCUGCUGCUGGGAGCCCUGUCUUCCUUUCCUGUCUCUCUCCACUGGGGCAAGUGCUGCUGGAGAAGUUUGGUUGGCGAGGAGGGUUCCUUAUCAUGGGGGGCCUUCUGCUUAACUGCUGCACUUGUGGGGCAGUCAUGAGACCCCUGGAUAUGGGUAUGAAGCGGAAGACGGAGAAAGCUCAGGACAAAUAUGAAGCCAAGGAAAUGCUGCCCAUAGGAGGGAAAUCGGAUGAGGGGAUCAGCACCACUGAUAAAAACAAGAAAGCCAAGAAAGCCAAGAAGAAGCCCAAGAAAGGAAAGAAGCUUCUGGAUUUUAGUAUCUUUUCCAACCGAGGGUUUAUCAUUUACACUAUUUCAAAGUUCAUCCUGGUCUUAGGACUCUUUGUGCCCCCCAUAUUGCUGGUCAACUACGCCAAGGACACAGGCGUACCAGACACGGAGGCUGCAUUCUUGCUUUCCAUCAUUGGUUUCAUAGACAUUUUUGCCCGCCCAGCCUGCGGCAUGGUGGCAGGGUUGAAGUGGGUCCGCCCUCACGUGGCAUACCUGUUCAGCUUCUCCAUGCUCUUCAACGGCUUGACAGACAUCUGCAGUGCCAGGGCUAGCAAUUACACGGGGCUGGUCAUCUUCUGCGUCUUCUUUGGCAUCUCCUAUGGCAUGGUGGGGGCACUGCAGUUUGAGGUGCUGAUGGCCAUCGUUGGCUCCCAGAAGUUCUCCAGUGCCAUCGGGCUGGUCCUACUUAUCGAGGCUGUUGCUGUGCUCAUUGGUCCACCCUCUGCAGGCCGCUUGGUUGAUGCACUCAAGAACUACGAAGUGAUCUUCUACCUGGCAGGUUCAGAGGUGGUGCUUUCUUCUCUCUUCCUGGCCAUGGCCACCUACUGCUGCCUGAAGCGAGGGAAGAAGAAGGAACCUCCCCCGGAGAAGAACCUCUCUGCAGGUGGUGGAAGCGAUACCGAGGAAGCAGAGUCUGAUGUGCAGGAAGCCGAGGAGCACAGCAGUGACAACCACCAGCCAGCUCACAGCACUGACAAUGCCAUGGUAGCGGCCAGCGAGGAGGCCAACCAUGUGGCAGAAGAGCAGAGCGGGGAGGGAGGCGGGUGUCCCAAGGGGGAUGGAGAGGUGUUAGCUCGAGACGGCAGCAACGCUGACCAUAUGGUGGAGAGGGACAGUUUCUAGGCAGGGCAGAGGAACAGGGAUGUAUAAAACAUGCCUUGUUUGCAUGCACCUCAGCAUGGGAGGGUAGGUGGGAUGUGGUGUGGAGAAAGUUGAGACAAAAGCAGAUGUAAGAAGUAAGAAGGAGAUAAAAAUAGCUGGUCCUUAUGUACCUAUGUCUACAUACCUACCCAAUGAUACAUCUACUUGCAUCCUUCACCCAUGCUGGUACAACACAGGCUCAGAGCAGCCCAAACACCAAAAAAGAAAAAAAAAAAAAAACAAACCACCAGAAAUCUUCUUUCCUCGCUUCCAAACCAGCCCUGGAGAAAGUCUUUUGAAGAGGCUGCCAAGGACUUUCCUUUUCCUUCUGCAUUGUCAUGAUACAGAACACAAACAAUUAGAGACUCUUUGUAAUCAGAUCUGGUAUGCUUUGGUCUGCUGUCCGUGUUUCCUCUACCCCACUUCCAUGGGUCAGGAUAGCUCCAGGCUCGCUGGCAGUAGACUU